UGCACCUUGUACUUUCACAGUAAACUGCACAAAGUACAUAUAUUGGCUUCAUAAAUUCACCAUGUAUUUAAGAUUCUUGUUCCCAGUAGAUUAGCUAUUUUACCAUUUUCCUAGGUCGCUAACACCAUCUUGUUAACAGUUUUAUGCUUUAGUUUGCAGUUACACUUUCGCUAAUUUGUAUAACAUUUGUGUCAUUUUAGCUUAUGUAAGUAGGUAUUUGUAACUACCAUAUGACAGGUUUUAAGUUAUCGAUAUGCACAUUAGGUGAUAAUCACUGAGUGGGAGGAACAAAAAGAUUAUUUAUAAUCGUUCAAAAGCCCAUAAGACACAGAAAAGAAUAAGAGUUGACGUUUAAGGAUGAAAAAAGUACUCGGUUACUCCCGACAUGCGAGUGAUUGUUGCUUUUUGUCCCAAUUUCUUGCAGAUGGAUUAUUCGAAUGACCAACUGACAGAGUGUCAGUCACAAAUGGUAUCAUUUUGGGAUCUCAUACGUGUUGAAAUAGACGGCUUAAAAUGCGACCAUGCAGCAUUUAAGACUCAAGAUCUACCCUUGGCAAGAAUAAAGAAAAUUAUGAAGCUAGAUGAUGAUAUUAAGUGUAUGAUGAUUAGUGCUGAAGCACCAAUACUGUUUGCUAAAGCAGCUGAACUUUUUAUUCGAGAGUUAACUUCAAGAGCUUGGGUUCACACGGAACGCAACCGAAGACGCACACUUCAAAGGAAUGAUAUAGCUAUGGCAGUCAGUGAUGGAGAUACAGAUCAGUUUGACUUCCUUAUUGAUAUUGUACCUCGUGAAGAAACCAGAGGGCAUCGUCGACCAAACCAGGCGACCUCUUCUUCAAAUACCAACGGUAGUCCAAUGAAUGUUAAGCCAGAAAAUCCUGGGAAUAGGAACAGUUUUUUCACAAAUACAAAUGGUGCGCAUUCAUUGUCUCUAGAACAAGGCUCAGGUCAAGUAGUUGUUUCGGGAUUGUCGAGUGAUGCUACUGGAGCUUCAGCACAACCCCAAACAGUGACUGUUGCUUUGGCAUCUGGAGCAAUCGCCGGAGCAACUUCUGUUAAUUCAGGAAUCCCAUGUCAAACAGUAGUUCAACAAAACCAACCCACAGCUGUUCAUUUUACAACUGUCUCUUCUGGUGGUGGUCUAGGUGGUGCUCAGUCUUCAGUCAAUACCUCAUCUACUGUAAUAGCAGCUUCCGCUCCAAAUGCUACUACAGUCAAUUCUACGGCAGCUCCGUUGCAGUAUGUUCUACAACUUCCAGUAGGUGCUGCUGGAGCAUCAGCUGGACAGCCUUUUCAAAUACAAGUUCUUCCUCAACAUUUUCAGACGGCUAACACGGACGCUGUAUCUGCUGGUCAAGCUGGUGCCAUCCUCACUGACGGUAGCACGUUCCCCUUGGUUCAAGUUGUCUCUCAACCUAACAUACUUCCAAUCCUUCAAGAAGCCGGUGGGACGAGAGCACAAAUUUUGCAGAUUCAGGUGCCGGAACCAACCGCUGGUCAACGACCCACCUUGUUUCUACAGCAAGCCGGUGCUCUGUUAGGUACUCAUAUGGGUGCUGUAAUCGCUAAUGUAGAUGGUCAUCAACAAAUCAUGUACAGUCUGCAGGCACAACCACUGGUUUCUUCAAACACCACAUCAAGAACUCAAGUUCUUCUUUCCUUGGAUGAGGCUUCCGAGUGUAUUUCGUCUAUGUCAGAUCCAAACUGUAUUACUUCUGGUAACAGUAUUCAUGUUGGUGCUGCUCAGUUACUAGAUGAAGCAGCAAGCGAACUAAAUAUCCCAUCAUCUCCUGCUGUAUCUCAUCCAGUGAAUACUGAAUUACUCGAGACUAAAGAUUUCGCCCAACACACAACAGAACUUGAGCGUAAACCAAUUUUAAACACCAGUAGUGUUAUUAUUACUGACAGUCUUGUAAAUUUGACUGAAAAUCAAGCUGUUGAAAUUCACGCUAUAGAAUCAAAUAACCGGGAGAGCUUAGAGCCGGGAGUCGAUAACACUGAUUCACAUCCGACAGUGAUUACAGAUGACGAUGAUAGGACUGUGUGA